AUCCCCCUGAAGUACAUCGCGGUGGUCAUGGAUCUUGACAGAGUUCGAAGGUAUCCUUGGGGAGUUGCUGCUUAUGACCUUCUCUGCAAAUCCAUAGCCAAAAAUCGUUCCCAACUGAAGGAAAAGACCACUAGCUAUGUCUUGGAUGGCUUCUCAUACGCCUUGCAGAUUUGGGCAAUGGAAGCGGUGCCAAAAAUCGGGAAGCUUUGUGGAAAAAAGCUGGAUAAGGGUUUCAAGGACGGUCCUAGAUGCAUAAACUGGAUGGGAGCUGCGAAGGUGUCAUAUGAGGAGAUCAUUCGCUUGGAGGAGAUUAUUACACCCAAGGAUGACAUCUACCCAUACAUCUCAUGGACAGGAAAUUAUGAUGUUGUCAAAGCUCAGGCGUUUCGCAGAGAUGAUGAUGUGGAGGAUGACAGAAUCAAGUUCUGA